AUGCCAACAAAAAUUCCUCGUGAAGAAGAACAACGACAAUUACAACAACUUGAACUUGAAAUAAAAUAUCAUGAAGGUGUAGAAUGUAUGAAGGAAAAUACUCAUCAUCAUCAUCAUCAACAUCCUCAUACUCAUCCUCAUUUUGUAACACCACCAGCAACAAUAAUACCGCCAAUAGUAAAUAAAAAAUUAAUACCAACAACUGAUGUUAAAAUUCCAAAAAAACGUGGCCCAAAAAAGAAACAAAUGACACCAGCACGCGUUGCACGUUUUAAAGUUCGACGAAUUAAAGCAAAUGGUCGUGAACGUGAACGUAUGAAAGGUCUUAACGAACAAUUAGAAGUCUUACGUGAAACAAUUCCAUGUUUUGCAUUAUCACAAAAAUUAUCGAAAAUUGAAACAUUACGUUUAGCAAAAAAUUAUAUUGAAGCAUUAGGUGAAAUGGUUCAAAAUGAUCAAAUACCUGAUAAUACACAUUUUGCUCAAUUAUUAUGUAAAGGUUUAUCACCAAAUACAAUGAAUCUUGUUGCUGCAACACUUUGCUUAAAUCCACGUAUAUUACAACAACAACAGCAACAACAAUAUGAUAAUUCUUAUUCAACAAAUAUGGUUACAAUGGAUGAAACAUAUAUGUUAUCAUCAAUGCAUCCAAGAGUACGAAAUCCAUUAGAAUUUAUUAAUUUAAAAAAAGGAUCUCAUCAUUCACCAGGAUCAACAACAAUAAAUCAUAAUAAUACAACAAGUGAAAGCGAUGAUGAUGCAAUGAUAUGUAGUUCAAGUAGCUUUGAUCAAACUUCAUCAUAUGGUAAUGAUGCAACAACUAGUAGUAUUGAAGAAAUUAGUCCUAAUAGACAUGCAAUUUUACCUGAACCACCACAAACAUAUCCACAUGAAUUUUAUUCUGAUGAUCAACAUUUUAUGUUAAAUUCUCAACAAUUUUAUCCAUCAUCAACAAUUAUCUCACAACAUCAUCCUAAUUUUUAUUAUCCAACACAUUUUUGA